AAAAUCAGGAAAAAGAAGAACGGAAAUAUUGAAAGUGACCAAGCCAGUUUGCGCAACGCAUAGUCAAGUGAAUGUAAAAAUGUAUUAAAAUUUGUGUUUGCCACAAAAAGUUUAUAAAAUUAUUGAAAAGUGUAUAAAAUUCGCAAAAUACAGUAGAUUAUUGCUUUAUAAGUGUGCAAAGAUCGAAAUCAUGCUCAGAUAUUUGAUUUCAAUACACCAGCUUUAACAGUCGAGUUUGUGACACAGUCUCAGUACGUUCGAAGCAAAAGGCAUAGUGAAACGAACGUGGAAAAUGGUAGGCGGCGGCGGCGGUGGCGACAAUAAAGUUGUGGCCACUUUACGAGCGGAUGGAAGUGUAUAUCCUGCAAGUGGCACUUCCAUUGGACAAUUAGUGAAUUUAAUGAAUUAUAAAAUUCGUACGGAAGUGGAUGUCAGCAAUAAGGCGCUCAAUACAUUCAAUGUACCGACAACCGUAGUAGAUUUGGGUAAACAAUUGCUACAGUACGCGCGUGACGGUGAUCUGAAAGGAGUGAAAAAUAUGUUGUCGCGCGGAGCACCAUUCACCUCGGACUGGUUGGGCAUGUCGGCGCUACAUUUUGCAGCUAUGAAUAACCAAUAUGAAGUUUGUGACGCGCUGUUGAAGGGCGGCAUCAAUAAGGACUCGAAAACAAAAGUAGACCGUACACCGCUGCACAUGGCGUGCUUCUACGGCAAUGAACGCAUAGUGGAACUUUUGCUGUCCAAGAAAUGCAUAGUGAAUCCAAGAGAUAUGUUACGCAUGACACCUUUGCAUUGGGCUGUGGAAAAAGGCCAUAAGUCCAUUGCGCGUCUGUUGCUGAAGCACAACGCUGACGUGACGGUUACUUCCAAAUUCGGCAAAACUCCCAUCGCUCUCGCAGUGUUGACAGAACAAGCUGACUUACUCGAGGAAUUGGAAUCUGCACGGCAAUCGCAAAUAAACCGCAAAUAUAAUGAGGAGCAUGAGGUGCGGGCCAAGCGUUUCAAAAAAGAGACAUCUGAUGCGGUGAACUCCAUAAUGGGUUUGACAAAUUUUAGCGCGGAAGAAGCGGCAAGCUCCACAAAAAUCACACUGGAAGUCGACGAUGAGCUAACAAAUAAUAGCGACUUCGCAGAGUCCAAAAUAUCCGAUUUGGCAAACAUUAAGGAAACCGGCGUACUGGACAAGACCACUAUCAAUAUGUUGAAGGACCAUGGCAUUUCGAUGAUGCCAGAGGACGAAGACACUUCAAAGGAGCUGCUCGCCACUGCCUUGCAAAACGGGCGCCAAUUAGUGCUGUCCGAGGGUGGCAAAUUGUUGCUUAAUGAGACUAAAAAAAUACAUAACAAUAAUAACGGUAAAAGUGCCUCCAGUAGCAGUGGAAACGCGAAUUCCAAUACCAGCAAUGUGCGAAAUUAUACGGUCUUGCCCGUGCGCGGUACGUUAGCAUCGCGUACGCAAAAUUACAAAGCGCGAGCGAGCAUCAUAUCCAAAGCGAAAGAUAAUCUCAAUAUGUACAAGAACGUGCGCAUCAUUUCACUAAACGAUUUUAAAAAGUUCUACGGCAAUACAAACCUUAAAGGCGUACAAAAGAUACCUGCUUCCAUGGCGAGUGAACGUUUGGCGCGUAUAAGACAAAUAAGCGAAGAACAACGAAUACUUAAUCCUGGUAAUCGACAGGUUUACACCAAUACACGCACCUUAGCACAACGACAGUUGAAAGCUGACCAAACAGUGGUAAAGACGGAGCAACCAUCGACUAUAAUAGCCGAGGAAGAUGAUAUUGAUUCGAUAAUACAACUCGCACCAACCGAUAGUGAUACCGAAUUGUCGGACAGCGAACAUGCACAGCAGCAACAGCAACAAACUCAACAAGCCCAAAAGCAAAAUCAGCCACAGCAAAAACUGUCUAACGUCAGCAUACAAGGCACUAAACAAUUGUUGAAUAUCGCUGCGCCGCAAGUAAUACGUCAGUUGACGACCAAGCAAGGCACACUGGUUGGCACUAAAAUCAACAUGUCUGGCGGUGAAGCUGCCAAACCACAAGCAGGCUCCACUGUCAUCUCUCUGCUAUCUGUGCCGGAAAUAUGCCGUCAACUAUACGAGCUGCGUCGGCAGAAUGACGAUUUGAAGCGCAAAUUCGAUGCGGCACAAAAGGAGAAGGAGGAGAUGCGUCAGCGUUUGGAUCGUUUGGAGGAGCUGUUGCUAGUGGAGAAAACGGAUGAUGGCUAUGUGGAUACCUAGUAGCCACUAUUAGUAUGUCGUUUAUUGGUAUUCAUUAACUUUCUUACUUUUUAUUUAAUUGAAAGUAUUUUGUAAUUAGCUACAAUAUACAAGCAUAGACACACAAAUAAGAAGUGUAGUUGUGCAAUGAUCAUUCGAGUUAAAGCGCCUUUAAUUGAAUGUCGUGGCAUUCGCAGUAUGCAUUCGUUAAGUAAACUAUAUAUUUAGUCAUAUAAGUUAUGCGCUCGCUUGCAAUAAUUGUGAGCAUUAUUCAUAAAUAAGUUGAACUACCAUUUAAUUUAAUUAUUAACUGUAAAUAUUUAAUUUUAUGUUUUUCUUAACAUAAAACAAAUGCAAAGCGUUGCACUUCGCCACUGAAUUUGUAAGCUAUAAAAUGUUGUCUGCUAAAUAUUCAUAAAAUUUCAAUAAGCACCAGUGUUAUACACACUUUAAUCUUCUCACACCAAAACCAAAAACAAAAACAUACCAGCAAAUUAAUAUUUUGAUUCAAUAUAGGGUUUACGUAUUGCUGUUACUUUAAUUUUAUUGUU